CUACCACUCAUAAAUAAGUAGGGUUAGAAUUUGUGAUGACUAAACUAUAUGCAAUCAUGAAAAUGGACGCCUGGUGGCGCUGUCGGCUAAGAAUGAGAAUAAUGGGCUCUGCAGUUACUCAGGAAGCACAAGACCAGGAUAUCAGAAUGCUGUCUGCUCCCUAGAAGGCGGUAUUUAAGUGCGAUCUAAGGAAGAAAUCUCCAAGAAUAAUAGCUCCCUAGAAAAUGGUGUUUAAGUGUGAUCUAAGGAAGAAAUCUCCGGGAACAGUGAGGCAUUAAGGACGAUUGAAUUUGAGGAUAUUCCACCAAACUAUCUGUCGAUUGAAACCCACUAGAAGAAGCAGCACCCUCUGGACUGCAUCUGAACAAUGGAGACAGCGCCAGCAAAAACGCUAGACAAAAGGCAAGUCUUUUUUAUCACUAUACUGUUGCUUUUGUGGGAGUCUGGCUCUGAGGCAGUCAGAUAUUCCAUGCCGGAAGAAAGGGAGAGUGGCUACUUGCUGGCUAACCUUGCAAAAGAUCUGGGGCUCAGGGUUGGAGAAUUGGCCACUAGUGGGGCACGAAUCCAUCACAGUGAAAACAAAGAGCUCUUGCAGCUGGAUGCUGAGACUGGGAAUUUGUUCUUGAAGGAAAAACUAGACCGCGAGGUGCUGUGUGGGGAGCCAGAACCCUGUGUGCUGCACUUCCAGAUCAUACUGGAAAACCCUGUGCAGUUCUUCCAAACUGACCUGGAGCUCACAGAUAUAAAUGACCAUUCUCCAGAGUUCCCUCACAGAGAAAUGCUCCUAAAAAUCCCUGAGAGUGCCCAGCCAGGGACUGUGUUUCCUCUGAAGGCAGCUCAGGACCCUGACAUAGGGAGCAAUGCUGUUCAAAACUACACAGUCAGCCCCAACCUCCAUUUCCACGUUGUUACUCACAGUAGAGCAGAUGGCAGGAAAUACCCAGAGCUGGUGCUGGACAGAGCCCUGGACAGGGAGGAGCAGCCUGAGCUCACUUUAACCCUCACUGCUCUGGAUGGGGGGACCCCUGCCAGGUCUGGGACCACUACAGUUCGAAUUGAAGUCGUGGACAUCAAUGAUAACGCCCCCCAAUUUGUACAGUCGCUCUAUGAGGUUCAGAUCCCUGAGAACAGUCCCCUCAAUGCGUUAGUUGUCAUGGUCUCUGCCAGGGAUUUAGAUGCUGGGAUACAUGGCCAUGUAGCUUACUCUCUGUUUCAAGGAGAUGGAGCUUCUCAAUCAUUUGUUAUCAACGAAGUCACAGGAGAAAUCCGUCUAAACAAAGAAUUGGAUUUUGAGACAACUCCGUAUUAUAACAUGGAGAUCGCUGCCACAGACAGUGGGGGCUUUUCAGGAAAAUGCAGCGUCCUUGUUAAAGUGGUGGACGUGAAUGACAAUGCUCCUAAACUCACCAUAUCUUCGCUCACUAGUGCCAUCCCAGAAAAUGCCCCUGAAGCUGUAGUUGCUGUUUUCAGUGUUUCUGACCCAGAUUCUGGGGACAAUGGAAGGAUCGUGUGUUCUAUUCAGAACGAACUUCCAUUUCUUUUGAAGCCCACAUACAAGAACUAUUACACUUUAGUGACAGAAGGGCCACUGGACAGAGAGAGCAGAGCCGAUUACAACAUCACCGUCACAGUCUCCGACCUGGGCACACCCAGGCUCACAACCCAGCACACCAUAACAGUGCAGGUGUCAGACAUCAAUGACAAUGCCCCUGCCUUCACUCAACCCUCCUACACCCUGUCUGUCCGUGAGAAUAACAGCCCCGCCCUGCACAUAGGCACCAUCAGAGCCACAGACUCAGACUCUGGCUCAAAUGCCCACAUCACCUACUCGCUGCUGCUGCCUCAUGACCUGCAGCUGGCCUCAAUCAUCUCCAUCAACACUGACAAUGGACAGCUGUUCGCACUCAGGGCACUGGACUAUGAGGCCCUGCAAGCCUUUGAGUUCUGGGUGGGCGCCACAGACCAAGGCUUUCCUGCUCUCAGCAGUCAGGUGCUGGUGCGUGUGCUGGUCUUGGAUGACAAUGACAAUGCGCCCUUUGUGCUGUACCCGCUGCAGAACUCCUCUGGGCCAUACACUGAGCUGCUACCCAGGGCAGCUGAGCCUGGCUACCUGGUCACCAAAGUGGUGGCAGUGGACCGCGACUCUGGCCAGAAUGCCUGGCUGUCUUUCCAGUUGCUCAAGGCCACGGAGCCCGGACUAUUCAGCGUGUGGGCGCACAAUGGCGAGGUGCGCACCACCAGGCUGCUGAGUGAGCGCGAUGCAACCAAGCACAGGCUGCUUCUUCUGGUUAAGGACAAUGGGGAGCCUUCUAGGUCAGCCAGUGUAACUCUGCAUGUGCUGGUGGUGGAUGGCUUCUCCCAGCCCUACCUGCCUCUGCCAGAGGUGGCGCGCAACCCCCCUCAGGAUGAUGAGGAUGCACUCACCUUGUACCUGGUCAUCGCCUUGGCAUCUGUGUCUUCACUCUUCCUCUUCUCUGUCCUGCUCUUCGUGGGCAUGAGGCUGUGCAGGAGGGCCAGAGAGGCCUCAUUGGCUGUCUGCUCUGUGCCUGAGGGACACUUUCCUGGCCACCUGGUGGAUGUCAGCGGCACUGGGACUCUGUCCCAGAGCUACCAGUAUGAGGUGUGUUUGACAGGAGACUCUGGGACUGGUGAGUUCAAAUUCCUCAAACCCAUGAUCCCCAACCUGUUGGGUCAGGAUGCUGGGAGAGAACUUAAGGAAAAUCUCCACUGCAGGGAUAGCUUUGUAUUCAGUUGACUGUUUCAUUUGUUUCAGUGAAUUUGUUUUUGGCAA